AUGAACAAAAAUGAUGAUUCACUAAUAUCAAAUGUUCAAACUUCUAAAUUUAUACGCUCACUAAUAUCUGCAUCAGUCCAUCAACAAUCAAGUUCAGGAGAAGAUAAUGAACAAUUCGAUGAAGUAAAACGUGAUGCUUUGGAUUCAGGUGAAGAACAAUAUUUUAAAUGGGCUUCAUUAAAUCGUCGACCUAUGGAAUCAUUAGUAGGACGAAAACGAUUCGCCGAACUUAUUGUAUCAGAGCCAAAACCUAGCCGAAUCGUUGCUGGCAUAUGGCGUAGUGGACUUGUUGGUUAA